ACCCCACACCUUUGGAUGGCGGCAGCUGGGGGGGUAACAACGGCCACGACCUCCCGGACCCCCCGGUUCCCGCUCGGUGGGGCGUCGAAAUUCGUCGCGGGGGGGGUUGACACAUGCGGGGGGCGGGUCCCCUCUCGGCCCCGCCCCCGCGUCUCAUUGGCUGUUCGCGGCCGUCACUCAACCGCGCCCCUUCAAAGGGGCCGCGGCGUUCGGGGCCCCGCUCACCGGGAGCGGCGGCGGCACCGGAGCGGCGAUGAGCGAGCCAAAGCCGGCGACCCCAAGAAGGUGGAGGAGGAGGAGGAGGAGAUCGACAUCGACCUGAGCGCACCCGAGACGGAAAAAGCCGCGCUCGCCAUCCAGGGCAAAUUCCGCCGCUUCCAGAAGCGCAAGAAGGAGUCGGGACCCUGAGGGGCUGCGGGGUCCCGGGUCCCCCCCCCUCUACAGCCCCAUCCUGAGCUCCGCCGCACCGGGGGGGCAGCGUGAGGGGCCGGGGGGGGCUCAGCCCGUCCCUCGCCCACCCCGGGUGCAGCUGGGGGGUCGAUGUUGGGGGGGACAGCACCGAGUCCGGUGUCCGCCGGAGGGGAGGUGGCCCUUGGGCGAGGGGCUGGCGCGCAAUCGCCUUUUUCCCCGGGGCGGUUCCGAUUUUCCUGCCCCUGGGUGUCGCGGGGGGGGGGGGGGGACACACACUCACCGGUGUCCCCUGAGCGGGGGGAGCUCCUGUCCCAUCCCGGGGGGUGCGACACGGCGGGAGGGACUUGCUGCAGCCCACCAGGGCUCCCCAUCUUCGCACCGCUCCCUCCCCACAUUCCUGUCAUUGUCACCGUCCUCUCGCCUGGCGGGGGGGGGACGGAUUUUAGCAUGUGUAAAGAAUAAAACAUCGGGGGAGAGGA